UCUAGCCACCACGACGAAUCUUCGACCACCAUGCAGGCCCCUCCUCCUCCUUUUGUUUUCGAUAUAGCCCACGCUGAUGUGAUCCUCCGCUCGUCAGAUAGCAAGGACUUCCCGAUGUACAAGGUUGACCUCGCCCGAUCCUCGCCUGUCUUCGAGACCAUGUUCUCUCUCCCGCAGCCUGACCUCAGCGACUCUCAGUCCGAGCUCGAAAGUGGGCUUCCCAUCAUAGAGCUCUCAGAGACCGCAGACGUGCUCCAAGUCCUUCUGCGCUUCUACCUCCCGCGUCCUACCCCCGUCUUGAGCGACCUCGCGAUGAUCGUCCGCAUCCUCGAAGGCGCGAGGAAAUACGAGAUCGAUUCCGCGUUCGACGCGUCCUGCAAGGCAUUGGAGAACGCAACAAACGGCGAGCCCAUCAGAGUGUAUGCGAUCGCGUGCCAUUAUGGCCUCGAGCAUCUCGCUCGCAGGGCCGCACUGGCUUGCCUUCGUCUUCCGCUCUCCCGGCUCGUAAAUGUAUCGACCGCGGAAACCGAGUGCAUCAGCGGAGAGGAGUUUCGCAGGCUCGUGAAGUAUCGAGAGGACUGCCGAGCUGCGGUCGCGGGCUUGAAAUGUCUCGCGGCUCCUGACGGGAAUAGAGUGCAGUACACGCCCUCCGUACCGUCAGGGCGACACAACCUCUGGUUGUGCUACUGCACCACGAGAGCGCAGUCCGGCUGUCAUCAUACGAUACCUCCGAAAUGGUGGGACGACUACAGGAAAGACCUAGUGGCGAAGCUUAGGGACUGUACUUGGGGAGGUACAGUGCAAAGCCAAGACGCCAUGGGUGCUUUCCUCGCCAGUGGCGCCUGCCAGACCUGUUGCAAGGUGGCAUCCACCCAGAUUGCUGGCGCGGCUGCCCACAUCUCCUCUGAGAUCUCUAAGGAGAUCGCCAA